AUGGAUAAAUAUCAUUUGACAACAACAAAUAAUAAUAACAAUAUUAAUAUGAUAAAUAAAAACAUUUUUCAUACAUCAUUACCAACAGUUGUUAAUAUCUCAAAUAAUGAUUCACAUAUAGAUGAAACUGAUUGUUUUCUUAAUGAACAUGAUUCAUCAAAUAUUUUAUCCGAUUUACCAGAUUCAUGUUUUGUUGAAAAAGCUUUUUAUUGGCUUCGACAAACAACACAACCACGUUAUCAAUGUUUAAAACUUAUAACAUGGCCAUGA